GAACGCGACAUCCAGGAGAAGAUCGACUUUGAGAUCCGCAUGCGAGAAGGGAUCUGUAAGCUCCUGGCCGUGAGCACGCAGAAGGAGCAGCUGGUGCAAGCGGUGAAGAACCUGAUGGUUUGCAACGCUCGUGUACUCGCGUACAGGGCAGAGCUGCAGAACCGAAAGGAAGAGCUGGCCUCGUGCGGAGCCGGCGAACGAUCUUCAGAAAAUGGGACAAAAGACCGAGUGGCGUGCAGAGCAAAGGUUGCUAUAUCAG